AUGGAUAGAUUAAAUCAGUUAAGAAACGAAGCUGGUGGGUCAGGGGAUUCUACAUUGGAUACAUCUUCUCCGCCAAGCGAGGCAUAUUUAACCGCUAAUGACAGUUCCAAAUAUUUUUCUAUGCUAGAAGAUGAAUCCAGCUUUAAUAUUUCAAAAGAUGCUGUCAACCCUGCUACAGAGGCAGAAGUCACGGAUAAUAACCCGAUGAUAUCAAAUUUGUCACCAAUAUCCAAGAAAGGCGAUAUGGCCAGUUACAAAAUUGGUAAGCAAAUAGAAGCUGCAAACAUAUUGUCAGGAGGUGUUAACAUUUUCGAUGAUAAUGACAACUCCUUUGAUGGCGAUGAGCUUGUUAUUGACGAUAAUGUCACAGAGACUGAUGAAAAAUCCAACACAGAGGUGAAACUUACUGAAGAUGCCGCUCUUCCAUAUGGUAAAGUUAAUGAUAAUUUAGCGACUGCAAUUGACGACUCUGACUCGGCAAUUCCAAGUAAAGACACUGAAGUUGUGCUACAGAUUGAUGGGAAAAAUGUUAAUGCUAUUGCCAUUGGUAAUGGCUUAUAUUUGUAUCGGAAGGAGGGUCAAGAAGAACUUGCAGCUGUUCAGAUUAUUGACGAUGAUCAGCAGCAAUCAAGUUUCAAGUUCCUCAAAGUGCGUGAGAAUGCUGAGGGAAAUUUAGAAGUCUAUGAGGAAAUAGAAAUUGAAGUCCCCAAAGAAGUGCCUUCAAAAGUUAGAAAGUCUGCUGAAAAUAUAUCUCAUGUCCCAAUUAAAGAUAUUAGUAAAGUAAUCAGUGAACCCUCUAAAAUUGCUGAAAAGAAAAUAAAAACACCUCUGAAAGAUGCAUUGACUAGUGAAACCAACACUGACUUGAGUAAAGAUUCACAUUCACAGUUUGAAUCGAAAACGGAAGUAAACCUUAAUGGAAAAAUGAUGAAGUUUAGUGAAGCUCGAAAAUCUCCUGUAGUAGGUAGUUUUACUCCUAUGACAUUUCACUCAACCCCUAAUAAAGAAGGAAUCCCAUUGACAAAAACUAUGGUUGAUCAACAGCUGCACCCUAAUAGACACUCUGAUAAUGUUAAGAAGACCAUAGAAGUUCACACAGAUAGCUCUAAACUUAAAAAUUUUGAGACUCCAGUUAAAAUUAAUAAGGAUAUUUCGGAUUUUAUUCAGUCAUCAGAAACAGUGUCUACUGAAAAGGAAAGUAAAAUAAUAACUGAAGAAAAAAGUAUAGGAGAGCAAAAAGAGGCCGAUAAAUUAUUAGUUCAAGAUGAUCAACAUGAUAAUAAAAGUCUGGAAAUACAGGACUCAAGUAAAGAAAAUUGUAAAAUUGAAGAAAAUGUAACAAUACCAAAAGUGGAUAGUAGAGUAACACAAUUAAUGACAAUAAACCAAACUGAAAAAACUAUAACAAACAUAGUUGCUGAUUUUGAAAAUCAAACUAGUGAUACAACUAGAACACAUAUUUCAAUAAUGAACAAUGAAAAAAAUCAUAGUGAUAGCACAAAGAACAUUGUUCUAGAACAAGAUAUAAAAGUAUUAGAAAGUAGUAAAACUGUUACUAAUGAACAUAAUAUAGAGAAAUCGUUAUCAAAUGAUUUAACAGCCCUGGAUAGUGAUUCAAAUAGCAGGAACUGUGCACAACAAUGUGCAAAUAUUCCCAAUGAAAGCAUUGCAUAUAAAAAGGAACAGGCGAAGCAAGAGCAACAGGCAAGAAUCGUGCAUGAGAAAGAAGAUGUAAAGGAAGUUCUUAAUGAAUCAAAUAUAAACCAAGACACAACAGCUAAACAUUUAACUAAAGAUAUGCAUAGUGGUGUUAAAGUUAUUAAUUCUGAAAUAGACAGCAUCGAGAUUUCUAAAUUCUUAAACACUAAAAAUGUAGUAAAUAUAGGACAGCAUAAAGAAAUUGAGAGCACUAAAUUCACACAAAAUUUAAAUGCAUCUCAACAAACGAAAACCACAGAAACUGUUGAAGUAACAAAUAAUGUAGUACACAAUGUCAUAGAUACUUCUAACGUAAUAUCAGAAAAUCAUGAUAAGAAAAAUGUAAAUACUGGGACUGGAAAGCAGGUUUUAAUGAUACAUGAAAGUCAAAAUAAUAAUGAAAUUAAUAUAGAUACAUCUAUAAAAGUAAGCCCAAAUAAUGACGUAAUUACAAAAUCUAAAGAUUUAUUGAUAAAUUCAGAUAAAAUUCAAAACAGCUUGAAUUCCAAUGUAACAAAAGAUGAAAAACAUUUAAUUAUGUGUCAAAAAGAAAAAAGUGAAACGUCUCAAAUAAUUUGUAAACUUCAACCAAAUAAGAAAGAUGAACCAACUCAAAUAAAUAAGGUUGUAGGAUCUAAACCGAUAAAUAAUAACCAUGCAGCAGUACCCUUUGGAAAAUGGACAGAGGCUAAUAGACAAGAGUUUUUGAACAAAAUAAAAGAAACUAAAGUUCCAACGAAUCAUUCCAAUACUAAGCAGUUAAAACAACCAAAUGAUUUAAAUAGACGAGAUAUUUUACAAAAAAUUGAUAGUCAAAGACAGCAACAAACCCAGAAUGCAAAAGUAAAAGUUCAAGAACAACAAAAAUUGAAUAUAAAUAACGAAGCCGCUGUAUUUGUUAAGGCGUCUAUUAAACACGAUACGAAAAUACCUGUUAAAGAACGUCUAACGUCAAAGACAAAACCUAUAUGUAACAAAAAAAAUACUAAAGAUGAUCUGCCCCAAAACCAGCAAUCUGAACCUUCUAAUUUAUUAUCGAACUCAUCCAUACUAAAAAAGGAAUCUAGUCAAAGAAGAGAAAUAAACAACCAAGCUCUGAUUGACAAAACCAUUGAAGACAUAAUAAACAGAGUUCCCCCUGUUAAAACAUCAAAUGAAGAUUCCAAACCGAAUACUAUAAAUACUGAUGGAAUAGAAAAACAAAAAGGUAUGACCCUAUUUGGACCAUCAUAUCAUGCUAAAAAUGAACAGUCAGUAACAUUAGACGAUAUAGAAAUGAAAAUGAAUGAAUUGCAUGGCAUUCCUUUUGUAGAAAGACCUGCUCAUGAACUACCUCAAAAAUUAAUUGUCGAUAAUCAGAUGCAACCGCAAGAAACUGAAAGCCAGAAAAGUAAAAACAUCAAUGCACCCAACCAAGUGCAAUUUGCGAAAAGUACUCAACAAACUUGCAGUGAAAUUGUGAAUAUGGAGUCAGAUGAAGAAAUCAUUGAACACGAACCAAUCACUGGAGAUAUAGAUACAAGGAAGAAAACUACGGCUGCUAUAGAAAAUGUACUUGAGUCAGAUCAAGCAAAAAUACUUGAUGAAUCUAAGAAAGAUGUCGUAAUAACAGAAAAGGACUUUGAUAAAUUUUUCCGGAGAAAUUCCAUUACCUAUGAAAAUUGUCUAACUGUUAAUUUUGAUGGUAAAGAACCCCAUAAUGUCGUACAAACGGUUGUAGAGAAAGAAAUGCCUCAAAAAAAAUUGACGAGGAAUGAAGUUUUGCUGGCUGAGUCUAAGGCAAAAUCAACACAUAAACAACAAUUGAUACAGGCACGUCUCAACCACCCAACAAAAAUACCCACGUCUGUUAAAUAUCAAACAGCUGACGACGAAUCUUAUGGUAAGAAUUAUCAAUCAAAGCUACAAAUUGCAUAUCAAUCUGCACUAACUGCUAAACGCCAAAAAGAUUGCCCAAUUACAAUUAUUGAAGAAAAACCAGUAAAAGUUGUGUUCAUGGAUUCUAAUACUGAUUUUGUGCCUUGUCAACUAAAUGUUCGUGGUGAAAAUUUAUCACCAACAAAUAAAACAAUUCCAGACCUGGAAACGUUUACACAUAGCACUACUGAUUCCUUAGACUCUGACCUUUUCGAUAACUUUGAUAGUAAAUCACAAGAUGAAUUAAAAACUAAGAGCAAACAUCAGAGAAAACAAGUAUUGACUCCAGUUGAGACGCCAGAAAUGGAGUUAAUUGAACCUAGUGAUCUUGGGAUAGAAAUAUCACCUAAGAAGAAACGUAAAAUUGAAGACAAGAUUGAAAAAAGUCCAAAAAAUCAUGUGCCAAAGAAAUCAUAUCUUUUAGGGCGAGCUGCUACAGAUGAUACAACAAAAAUGCAGGAUGUAUCUAAAACUUCAUUUAAAGAAAUCACUAACCAAAAUACUUCAUAUCUAGGGCCAUCAAAUCCAAUAUCUGCAAUAGAUAACUUAGUCAAAGCUGCAGAGUUAUUAGAAAACCAAGCUGAAAGUAUUAGUCCCAUAAAAACACUAGAUUCUGACUCUCAACAAAAUACACCUGUUAAGAGAGGACGAGGUCGUCCAAGAAAGUAUCCUCUUCCAGAUGGCGAGGUGAAUAAAAUCAAGGUUCCUAGUCCUCAAAAGAAACCAAGAUUAAUUGACGCGAAAGUGACCAAAUGUGAAGAUACUGAUGUAGACGAUUCUAGUGAUGACGAAAUUAUAAAAGAAAAUUGGACAAUGGGUAAAAUAAAUGAAAACAUUAUAUGUCCUAUAUGCAGCAAACUUUUCCGCUCCGAAAAUGUAGUUUUUAAACAUGUUAAACAUUGUACAGGUCCAUCUCCAAACCGAUCUGAAUCCGAUAAAAGAAGUUUUAGAGAGUCACAGGAAUCAGAAACGAGAUCUCAUGAAAGUAAAUCUGAUGAUAUGGAUAUUGAGGAGCAGGAAGUAAAAUCACCUAAGAAAAAGAAAUCUAGGGAAAGCAUUCCUAAAGUUCCAGCUAACUCAGAUGAAGUCAUUAUAAUUGAAGAUACUCCUCUAAAGGAGAAACCUGAGAAACAUCAUGAGUCAAGAAAGUCAACAGUAAAGACUAAAGCUAUUCAUAAACCAAACAACAAUUUAGUUUGUGAAAUUUGCGGAAAAACAUUCAGGCAGUCGUCGUAUUUAGCUCAUCACAAAUUACAACAUAGAAAUGAGGAAUCAAAAAUAAAAAAACACGAGAGUGACGUCAUUAAAUCAGUUUUCAGCUGCGAAGUAUGCAAAAAGGAAUUUAGAAAGUUGCAUCACUUAGUUCAACAUAGAAUUAUUCACAAUCCUAAUUCUGUGUCCUCAAGAAUGCUCAGAAAAAGUUCAUCCGAACAUGUCGAAAAUAAAGUCUUUAAAAGCCAGAGUGGAGUAAAGCAAACAGAAGAUCAAAGUGCAGGCUUCCGUUGUGAGCCUUGUGACAAAUCAUUUAGAAAAUUGCACCACCUUGUCGAACAUAGGGAGACUCAUGAUGGAAUUAACAGACAAAAAGCAAAUGAAAUGGAUAUCAAUAAAACAACCUUAAUACAUCAAUGUGAUAUUUGUGAAAAAACAUUUAAAAAAAUUCAAUUAUUGAAUGAACAUAAAGAACAACAUUUAGAUACAUGUUCAGAAAAGUCAGAUGAUAAAAGUGUUAAGAGUUCAUUGUCCACCAAAGACAUAAUACAUGAAUGUUCAUUGUGUUAUAUGGUAUUUCCAAACGAGCAUUCUUUAAAUAAACAUACUGUAAUUUGUCUUAGAAAAAAGAAACAAUCUGCUGCAAAAGCUAAAAUUGCGGCAGAAAAUAAGGAAUCAGAAAUAGAAAAAAUUGAUUCCGAAACACCCAAACCAGAGGAAUGUAACCCAAAUAAAACUGAAGAUUCCUUAAUUAUAAUUGAAGAUGCUAACUCCACGUUUAAAGAUUUGAAGGAGGAUAAAUUAAAAGAAGAUAAACCAGAAAUACUUGAAAACCCAGACGGUACGCCGCAUAUCGUAAAACUUUCAGGAGAACAAAAUGUUGUUGAGCCUCUAAUUAAAAAUGGAGAAUCCUUUAAUUCUAAAGAAAAAACACCUGUAAAGACAGUCACAGGAGAAAAUAUAAAUACACAUGCAAUUCCGCCCCCUGAAAUCCCUAUAAAGUCAAAACAAAUUGAUGAGGAUGCGACGUCGAAAAUUCAAGAAACCCCGGUUCCUAAAAAAAUAAUACCAGCUAAAGACAAAGUGUUACCAACUGUUACAACGCGUCAAAAAACUAUAAAUGUACCUUUACCAGUUAUUGAUGAAGCUAAGCCUUCAGUUGAGUCAAGUGAUGAAGAUGAGAUAAGGUACAUGCUUAAUCCUAAUUUCAAACAAGUUGAAAGUGUAGAAGCCAAGAAAUUCAUGAAAGUCAAGGCCGAAAAGCGCAAUUCUCUACAGAUUGAAAGACCUAAUUCAAAGGAUUUAGUGAAAAGAAGGAUUUCCUUACAGCAUCCGCCGAAAACAUCACGGUUGAGGAAUAAGUCAUUAGAACAAAAGUCGACCUCGCCAAGUACUUCAACAGCCUCAAAAUUAACUAAUGUUAAAAUAGAUAAACCAUCUGUUACGGAAUCCACGUUUUCCACAGACUCUGAUGACAGUGAUAUCAAAUAUUCUUUCCCUGAGACAGUUAAUCAACGUGUAGAUACAAAGAUGAUAGUCGAAAAGAAGCCACUGAAAAGACAAUCUUUAUCAUCAAAGAGAAAGUCAUUAAGUGGAGUUGCGAAACGGAAGACAUUGGGACAAGUGAUCAACUCGAAACAUAAAGGGAACAAUUCACCAUCAAAACAAGUGAAAAAACGCACAACUGAAGUGGAACAUAGGUGUGAUUGCGGUCAACUUUUCAGCAGUGCCGCACUACUAUCGCGCCACACCACGUUAGACCAUACGCCUCCUCGAAUACGUCGUCGUCGAUCGCCCGUCCCUGAGAUCGACACAAAAAUACCUACUAAACAGGUCUCGCGUAAAUCCGUUAGUGAAAAGUUGAAGCCAAAUACAGACCUGAAGAAAUCGAGUGGCCAGGGAAAUACAGACUCAAGUAAACCUGGUGUAGCUACAAGGAAGUCUAGUAUGAACAACAGUGAUGCUAAAGCAUCCAGUGAAAAACGCAAAUCUGUGAAAAGUGUACCAAGCGUGAAACUGCGUAGGAGUGCUGCGCACAAAGGUGUGCCCCUGCCGGAGAAGAUGAGGAAAGUUAUGGAAAAAUCAAAAAUAUAA